UCCGCAGACACGUUUUAUUUCAUAUAAUCGAAUGAUCUCGAAGUGACUCACUCACUCACGUGAGUGAGUGAGGUGAGCUCUCUGAUCUCCCUCCUGGGCAACUAGCAGAAGAAAAUUGUUGAUGUUUGGAUACGGGCUCUGACAAAAGAUGUGAUUUUAUGAACGGUUUUCCCGUAGCCGGCCCCAUCAAAUAGUAUUCAAGUUCCACAAAGUGCACAGUUUUUAACAGAAGUUACCAUGGAUGCUAAACGCAGUCUUAAUAUGAAAAAAGCGAACAUGGCUCCUCUCUCAAAAGCUAAAAGUAUUUCGUCCCUUAAAACCAAAGGAGAUAUUUCCAGUGAAUCAUCUUGGAGAACAUCAACUACAAUAAAAAACCCUCCAUCUGCGACUAGGGUGAGCUCUAGCACACCGACCAAUUCAUCAGGAAAAUGCAGAAAUAAAGAUAUAAAAUACCGCAGUUAUGCUAACUUAAAUGAGAUCAAUGCAGAACAACAGUUGGAAGAGGCAAAAUUGGAUGAGAUUGAUAGUGCAUUCAAUUCCUAUAUUACUUCUAAUGCUAUGAAAGCAUUAGUAGACAAAUCAAAGCACAAGAUCAGUAGUGAUAUUGAUAAACAAAUUUCAAAUCUUCAGAAACGUGUCAACGAUAAUUUAGAUGCCUUGGAGAAGACAAGGUCUAAACUUAAUGUACUAUCUUUGGUCGAGGAGCAGAGCAAUCUUCUUGCUCAUCAAAUUGCAGCCAACAAUUCCUUUUCAAAUGAACCUGCAUUCAUGAAAGGGAAAAGUUUUCAGGAACUCAUGGUGGAAAUUGACAGGAUUAAAAACCAGAUGCCAUGCAAGAAUGUUUCCUUCCCAGAGACUCCAACUGAACUUGGCCACUUCAGAAAUGCAACAAACCAGUUGCUUCACUCCUUGGAAAUGAUUUCAACUACUUAUGGGGCCGAUCAACCUCAAAUAUCCAGGACUUCUGCAGAGUUAGACAAUAUUGCUCAUAAGAGAGAAGCUGUGAGCAUGAGCAAAAUAAGCACUGAUGCUGUAGCACUACAAACUGGAACAAGGGUAUUUAAUGAAGCAAUUACAAAAACCAGAAGUUUUAAACUGUGAAAAUAUCAUAUUUCGUUAGAGAUCCUUUGACAUGAUAAAAUAAGGUCUACAGUUAUAAAUCAUACAUCUGUAUUAAUGACAAGGAAAAUAAACAGUGGAAUUUUUUAAA